ACAAAACUGCCUCCUUCCCCGCGAGGGGAGCAGAGGAGAAGAGAGGAACCGGGUCGGACCGGGCCGGGAGCAUGGACCGCCCCCUGCAGCUGCUGCUGUGCGUUCUGAUCUGCACCCCAGUCUCCUGGGCUCUGCUCUGCUUGCAGUGUGUGAAGAGUGGGCCCUGCCAGCCGGAGGUGUGUGCCUCUGGCGAGGACCUCUGCAGGACCACGGUCAUUAAUGUAUGGCCAGCCGCGCACCUUCACCCUGGGCCGAUACCUCGAGUGUGUUUCCUGCAGCUCGUUAGACAUGAGCUGUGAGAGGGGCCGGGAUCAGAGCCUGCAGUGUCGCCACCCCAGAGAGCAGUGCGUGGAGGUGGUGACCCAUGACAAACUGGAAGUGACCAUGAAGGACGAGAGACACACUCGCGGCUGCGGCUUCCUUCCCGGCUGCCCGGGCCCCACCGGCUUCCACAGCAACCACAGCUUCCACUACCUGCAGUGCUGCAACACCACCAACUGCAACAGGGGCCCAGUCAUAGAGCUCCAAAACCUGCCACCGAACGGCAUCCAGUGUUACAGCUGCCAGGGGAACAGUACCCACGGGUGCUCCUCCAGCGAGAGCUCCCUGAUCGACUGCCGAGGCCCCAUGAUUCAGUGUCUCCACGCCACGGGUACUAAAGGGCUGGAGAACCAGACCUUCACAGUGAGAGGCUGUGCAACUGCUUCCUGGUGCCGAGACUCCCACGUGGCCGACACCUUCGGCCUGACCCCUCUCAAUGUCUCGUGCUGUGAGGGCACUGGCUGUAACCACCCAGCCAGAGACGUCCAGUACCGCAGUGGGGGCGCGCCCCGGCCUGGCCCUGGCGCUCUCAGCCUUGCCAGCACUCUGCUUGUGACCGUGAGACUGUGGGGAGGCGUUCUCCUCUGGACCUGAACCCCAAGCCCUCCGCCUGGCUGGACCCAGGGGGCCCCUGUGCCCUGUCCUCGCCUCCUGUUCCUGCAGACUUGUGCCAGUGUGAUAUCCUCGCUGGGCCGCCAUUCCCCCGCUAUGAGACCUUGAUGUGAGAGCAGAAGGAGCAGUACUGGAGAAAGGCUGCAGGCCAGCAAGAAAGCUUUUGGUUUUAUUAAUAUUGUUGCCGCUCCCGUUAUUGUUAUUAUUAAUAUUCACAUUAUUUAUUUUAUAUGUAAAUAAAACUUUUUGUACUAGUGAACUUCACCCUAA